GGGAUGGAGAAGGCGUUGCCACCUAGUACAUGGCACACGAUCCCAGGGCCGGAUCCGGGCCUAGACUUUGAUCGGCAACUUUGUCAGCGAUCGCAUCAACACGAACAAUGCCAACAGGUUGUUGCAGGAGAGUACGCUCAAGAACCGGAGCCUGUCUUGCGGGGGAUGGAGAAGGCGUUGCCACCUGGUAUAUGGCUCACGAUGCUCAAGGCCGGAUUCCGGCGCAAACCUUCAUCAACCAAUUCGUCACCGACAAGGUCGACACGAACAAUGUGAAGAAGCUACUUCGAAAGCCUAUUCUGCGCCCGGUCCGUCUGGCGAAAGGAAAAGACGACCUUUACUACACCCCCGACUGGGACCGUCCCAGUCAGGAGGGCGGCUUCACUUUGUAGGAAACGGGUCGAAUGACUGACAAGAGUUGGUUAUUGACUGGGUUAUUGAACUGGAAUGGGGACACUGGCGAUGGGUGUUGGACUGACGGAUUUGAGCUGCGAGCAUACGGAUAGUCAACCUCGCAAUGUCACGUUAACGCCAGUCACUGGAAGCAGUUCUAUAAACCGGUCCUUGUGUUGCCAACUGCAGUCUGGUGACUCUCUUCACUCUCCUGUGGAUGCACUCGGGGCACUGUACGUACUGGACAGCAUCAUGGAACCCAAGCCAGUGAUGGUGCAGCACUGCAGUAGGUAGUCCCGCAGCCAACUUUCACCAAGAAAGUCUUG